CAGAUAAUUCAGAAGACUUGGAAUGGCCUUUAUUAGGUGAUAAUGACUCUGAAUCCAAAUCUGAUGAUCUGUUUGAACUACAAAUACAAUCAGUUAAACAAACAAAAAAAAAAAAAUCUACUAUGAAACCUAUUCAUGAUGUUAAAACUAAGUAG